UCUCAAAGUUGUGCACAGUUUUGAUUUCAUCCUCUUUCAUUGCCCUUGCUUUGAAGCUCUCUUUUAUUUGCAAAAAGAGGUAUUUUUUAUAUAGUGUCUUCUCAAAUGGAUAAAGAAAGAAGCUCAUUUAUGCUCGAAAUGAAAUCUUUAGGCCCGUCAAAACCAUCACAGAGAAGAUUUUUCAGUGCCCAAGUCACCCUCAGAGUAUUAGCCAUUGCACUCACAGUGCCUGCUAUUUCACUGAUGGUCAACAGCAGUCAAUCCGUCGUGAUGUUUGGCUUCACUUUCGAAGCCCGCUAUUCCUACUCUUCUGCUUUGAAGUUCUUGCUUGGCGCUGACAUCAUGGUGUGUGCCUUCUCUGCACUGUCACUGAUCUUUGUUUACCUUAUGAACUGCUCAAGGUCAUACCUCACAAAAUAUUUCUACCUAUUUUUACAUGAUAUGGUGAUGAUGGUUUUGAUGAUAUCUGGAUGUGCGGCGGCAACUGGGAUUGGUUACAUUGGUCGUUUUGGAGAAGAGAAGAUAGGUUGGGGAGCCGUGUGUGGACGUGUGGGCAAGUUUUGCAACAGAAUGUUGGUAUCUGUGGCUUUUUCUUACUCGGCUUUCUUAUCCUACUUGGCACUUACCAUCAUUUCUGCCAGCAAGCUCAUGUCUCAAGCUACCGAGUGAAAUCACCAGAAGAGAACAAAGACUCAAAAGACUAGGAAGCUGAGAAUGAUCUGGUUGAAAAGGCCAAGUCGGGGCUUUGGUAACAUAUGUAGGGAAGGUUCUUUGUUCUUUGUCUUUUUUAAAACAGAAAAUAAAGAUAAUGCAAAGGUUGUCUGCUUCUGCUCCUUUUGUCUCUGUUAACAGAAAUCAAUUUGAAGAAGUUAAGUUUGAUGUCU